ACAUUAAUCAAAACUUUAUACUCUCUUUUCCUUUUAUUUCUCAGAUUCAGCAAAAAAAAAAUGGAUGACAUCUCAGUGAGCAAAAGCAACCACGGAAAUGUUGUUGUACUCAACAUCCAAGCUCCUCCUCUGUCAAAAACUUCAUUCCCUUCUUCUCCUUCCACAUCUCCACCAUUGUUAUCAGUCCACUUCUUGCAAAAGCUUAUAGCGGAACUCGUGGGAACUUACUACUUGAUAUUUGCGGGUUGUGCCGCUAUUGCCGUGAACGCUCAACACAACAAUGUAGUGACUCUUGUGGGCAUUGCGGUGGUUUGGGGUCUAGUGGUGAUGGUUCUUGUUUACUCUCUUGGACACAUCUCUGCACAUUUCAAUCCGGCUGUCACUAUCGCCUUAGCAUCUUGCAAGAGAUUCCCUCUGUAUCAACUCCCAGCCUACUUAACUGUUCAAGUUAUCGGAUCAACCUUGGCUUCCGCGACUCUGCGUCUUCUGUUUGACCUAAACAAUGACGUGUGCAGCAAGAAACAUGAUGUCUUCCUCGGAUCAACACCUUCUGGGACUGAUCUUCAAGCAUUCGGGAUGGAGUUCAUCAUCACCGGCUUCCUUAUGAUAGUUGUUUGUGCCGUCACUACCUCCAAGAGAACAAGUGAGGAGCUAGAGGGCUUAAUCAUCGGCGCAACCGUCACACUGAAUGUUAUCUUUGCCGGAGAGGUAUCAGGAGCAUCAAUGAAUCCAGCAAGAAGCCUAGGACCUGCACUUGUGUGGGGAUGUUACAAAGGGAUUUGGAUUUACUUGCUGGCUCCAACACUUGGAGCUGUCUCAGCGGCCUUGAUUCAUAAACUGUUACCGGCUACACAGAAAGCAAACUCUGAGUUCUCCAAGACAGGAUCUUCUCAUAAACGAGAGAUGGAUUACACCCCUCCACAAGGCUCAUCGAAUAACAGGCCCUAAUCCAGUAAGUCGGAUCGAUUUAGUCGGCUCGGCGGCUAAACCUAUCGGCUUGACCUUAGAUUACUUUUAGCCGGUCGAGUAAGUCGACCAAAAAUGCCCGGCUUGAAGGGAGCCUUGUCCAGGCCCGUAUACUCGGCCUCUCACAUCAAGGCCCAAAGAGGUACGAAAUUAGGGCAUCAGGGACAUGAGUCCUAUAAAAAGGGAAAGAGAAGCAACAAAAAAGGGACUUUUGGACGAUUGAACAGACUGAGCGGCUAGAUCUAGGGUUUUAGGCUAUCUCUUUGAUCUUGUUACUUUUUGAUCUUGUUGCUCUUUCACUUUU